AUGGCCGGCAAUCGGAGAUCUGCCGACGACAAGAUCAAGAAGCGCAAGAGGGAUCUCAACGAUGCGGACGCGAAAUCGAAGCGCCACAGGAAGAUCAAUGGAGCGGUAGAGAAGAUACAAGACGCCAACGAUGCCUCCGCCACGUUGGAAGAGGUCGGCCUGCGCCAUCUAGACCUUGUCAAGCCGACGAGGACGGACAGCGAGGCAGGAUGGAGAGUCUCCAAGCCCAUGGGUGGGCGUAUGCUAGACAUCGACCCCAUCUUGACAGACGAUGAGCAAUACCUGAUCAUCGCCUACAACACGUCGAUACAGGUCUACGCAGCAUCCGACUCCCUCCUCGUACGGAGGAUACCGAUCAGCACCGCCGACAGCAAGGCGCCCAAUGACAGCAGCACCAGCAACGCGAAGCCCGCCGUCAUCAUCUCGAUGCGCCUCUCCAAGAAGUCCCCCGACUCCGUCUGGGUGGCCACCUCGGACGGUCGCGUCUUCCACGUCAACUGGACCGGGACCCUGACCGGGACCCCGGACACGAGCUUCCGCACAAACUCCAAGACGGCCAGGGCCAUGGUGGUCAUGACCAUCGGGGACGGCGGUAACGGCGGCGGUAGUGCAUCCAAGAAGCCUAGCGUGGCUGGCGCUGCCGGCUCCGCCCACGACGUCGUCCUCGUCGUCGAGUCGGACAAGUCAGCCCGCCUCGAGAUCACGGCCUACCUCCCCAGCGAGAGGGACGGCAACAAGAAGCCCCGGUCCAGGAGCCUCUUCAGCAUCAAGAAGGGCGGCGGAUCGGGCCUGCAGCUCCUGGAGUCCGCCAACGCCGGGCGCGUGCUGGUCGGCGCCCUGCACGACCGCGUGUUCCUCGGCGCCGCGACCUUUGCCGGCUCUGCCGACGGCCUCGACCAGCUCCGGUACGACUUCUUCUCCUUCGACACCCCGGACAUCGUCACGUCCAUCGACGUCAGGGCCCGCGCCGUCUCCGGCAAGAGGGCCAGGUCCUCGGAUGCCAACCAGGUCGUCGAUGUGCUCGUCGGAGGCGCCAGGGGCUCCAUCUACCUCUACCACGACGCCGUCAACCGGCUCCAGGCCGUCGGCAGGGGUAGCUCGGACAAGGAGCCCAUCCAGGCUCAGAAGUAUCACUGGCACAGGAAGGCUGUCCACUCGGUCAAGUGGUCCCGCGAUGGGAACUACAUGAUCUCUGGUGGAUCCGAAAACGUCCUCGUCAUGUGGCAGAUGGACACGUCCAAGAAGGAUUUCCUGCCUCACCUAUCGGGCAGCGUGGAGAACAUUGUCGUGUCGCGGAGCGGCGCGUCGUACACGGUGCACCUGGAUGACAACUCGACCAUGAUCAUCUCCACGGCCGAGAUGAAGCCGACAGCCUACGUGUCGGGGAUCCAGUCGGCAGCCGUCAACGUCACCGUCCCCAAGGACCUGCUGGUGCGGCGCCUGUGGACGUCGCCCGAGCACGUGCGGCGGGUGGUGCCGGCGGCGAUUCGGCCGUCGGACCCGUCCAAGCUCCACGUGUGCGUGGGAGGCGGCCAGCAGGCCACGACGUCGGGUGACUACUCGGCGCCGCUGCUGCAGUCGUUCGACCUCGAGACCUUCACCAGCGUCAUGAAGCAGCCGCUGGCGCGGACGCAGCCGACCGACAACAACCUCAGCAACAGGGGCUACCCGAUCGACGAGCCGCUCGUGACGCACGUGGCCUUCUCGGCCGACGGCAAGUGGCUCGCCAGCGUCGACGACUGGAAGCCGGCGGAGCGUGACGUCGACAACGUCAGCGGCGACCUGCGCGACCAGCUCGUCCGCGAGCGUCGCGAGGUGCACCUCAAGUUCUGGGAGAUGGGCGCCUCCGGUGCGACCGGCGACGGCGACCAGACGGCCGCUCUGGUGUCGCGCAUCAACGCACCCCACGCCACCGGCCACCCGGAGGCCGUGCUGGACCUGGCCGCCGCGCCCUCGUCCGCGUGCUUCGCCACCAUCGGCGGCGACGGCGCGGUGCGUGUCUGGCGGCCCCGCGUGCGCAGGUCGGGCGGCAUCGUCGCCAGGGGCCCCGACGGCCGCGACCUCUACUCGUGGGGCUGCAGCCAGGUGAUAGCGGUGGGGGACGGUCUCGGCCAGGACGCGGCCGUCGACCCGGUCAGCUCGGCGGGCACGGCGUCGUCGGCCGGCCCGCAGGGCUCCAUCGCCUUUUCCGAGGACGGGUCGACCAUGUUCGCGGCCUUUGGCGGCGUCGACGCGGGAGUGGUGCACGUCAUCGACGCGGCGUCGGGCGAGGUCGUCAAGACGCUGCAGGACCUGUGGACCGGCCGCCUCCGGUCCAUCGAGACGCUGUCGUCGUCCUUGGUCGUCCUGUCCGACGAGCUGAUCGUCUACGACGUCGUGGGCGAUGAGCUGCGCUACGGCAUCGCCAUCCCCCCCGCCGCCGCCGCCGCCGCGGCCGAUGGCAUCCCAGGCGGUGCGGACCUCGUUCAGCUCAAGGUCGACCACCGCUCCGGCCACUUCGCCGUCUCCCUCCCCCUCGGGGAGGUGUCGAGCAUCGGCAUCUUCGACCCGCAGGACCCGGAGCCGCUGCUCGUGCGCAGCGUCCCGCACCGCAUCGUCAGCCUCGUGGCUGCGCCCGACACGAGCGGCUUCAUGGCGCUCGACGACGCCGCCCAGAUCUGGACCGUCACCGAGGAGUCGGACCCCUCGUCGCUCGUCGCCGUCCAGCCCCUCGAGGACCUGCGCCUCGAUGGUCCCGCCACCACGCACCCGGGCAGCUCGGUCGGCGCUCUGCUCGGGAAUGAGGAGGGCGAUGCCGAGAUGGGCAGCGACGACGACGACGACGACGACGACGACGACGAGGGUGGCGCCGUGGUCGAGACCGAGGACACGCACAUGGCCGACGACGACGAUGACCAUGUUCACGCCAGUGUCGUGGCUCAGCAGCACCUAUCAGACAUCUUCGAUGCCGCGCCGGCGUUUGCCGGUCCUUCUAUCGAGGACAUGUUCUACAAGGUCACAGGUCUACUGGGUGGUUCAAAGCCGCUGGUACCAGCGGAAUGA